CCAGCAUGGACAGAGACCAAUUGGCAUACCGACGCGGUCCGAUGCGCUAUCGACCUUCGUCACAGAGCUCAAGUGUUCCACCUUACGAGCCCCGUCGUCGCGCGGUGGACGGGAAGGUCACUGGUGCGAAAGAUUGCCGGUCUCUGGCGGGAAAGACGGCUCCCAAGCGUUCAACUGUGUUGUCGAAAGAUCGUUGUGUCCCUCCCAAGCCGCGCACCAAGCGCCGUAUAUCUGGUGACACCAAUAUAUCUCUUGAGCAGAUGAAUGCGGCACGAGUUGGGACGGUUGCUUCAAAGAGAAUCGGCCUCAGUCAUGUGGAGGGUUCUGAAGCGAAAACUCCAGUCCAUACACCAAUCGAGCUGCAACCUGCUGAAAGGAUACAAUCUCCCCCUCGUACACGAAUCCCAAUGAGUCCAUCACAGUCGCAACUGCACUCGCGAAGAGGAGCGCCGUCGAGCCCUACACACGCACCAUCAAACUUAUCCGAUGUGGAGACCACGUACACCGCCCAUAACGUCCGGAGCAGCUUUCAACGAUCCCGCUCUCGUAUGGCUGUGCCCUUCAAACACGGAGCUGAAUUGGGCGCGGAUGCAAUGAACGCCUCCGAUAUCUCCCCUUCAACGCCUUUGUCGCUCCCUCGCAAGCAUGCACUUGUUGGAGAGCAUCCUCUUCACGGCGACGCGUCAGUAACCACGGAUGCCAUCGAGAACAAGGCUCCUAAUUCCACGAAAGAAGACAAACCCCGCAAAAAGAAACGAGGCCUUAUGCACACAAAAGACGAAAAGGCUGUUUUGAAUUUCGCGGUCGCCUAUGCCAUGUCAGCGGCGACGCCGUCCCGGCGUGCCUUCGUGCCUCUGCCUCGAGCCCUUGACUCUGCGUACGCCGUGUCCAGCGACAAGAAGGUGGCCGUGAACUCUGUUUCCCGACUUACCCCACGCUCCUCUCCCCCUCGUGUGGUUGAUGCACAAGCACCAUCCAGCGCAGAUGCAGCCGUAUCCCCUCCGAUGAUCCAAGUGAUGUCGCAAGAUGUUGCUGGGAUAUCUUCGGUGAAAGUGGAAACGACCAGUGGCGGGGAUCGCCAAAGCUGCAGACUUCUUCCUCUCAAGCGGCCCGCGGACACCGCGGACGAAGCGCCACCGAACGUUCCUGACAGAGGAACUUCGAUCUCUCGCCGAUCUGCCACAGCACUCAACGCCAAGUGCCGGAAAGUUGCAGCGCCAGCCGCCAACUACACGACCCCCGUGUCCAAGAUGCCCAACAAGAAGCACAUUUCGACCGCCGUCCAUGGCAAACAUCCCAACAUUGCAACGGAGGUGCCUCCCGCGUCGAUCCCUCGCAUAUUUGACAGGACGUUGAGGGGUUCGUUGCCGAUGCAUCCUCUCGUCAUGCCGUCGAGAGAAGAGAGAGAAGCUCUGCGGACCGCCAACAUCGCAAAGAUGGACAUGUCACGCAAACUGAUUUCGUCUUGCAUCCGCAGUUUUCCCGACAACCUGUCGAACAGCUAUCCUCCAGCCUCGUUGUUCACUUGGUGAUGUUCUAGCGCAAUGUGCCAGGGGGUGCCCCGCAUCGCAUGGAUUGUUAUCGUAACACGACCGAUUUCACCGUGUGGCAGAUUCCGACGCA